CUGCUGCUUUCACACAGACACACACACAGUGCCGGGCUUGCUCUAAGCAGCUUCUGUGCGGCCAGCCCUUGAGGUGCCGAUGGGAAGAGGAACUUACAUCUGCAGUGAACCGGGGGCAAGCAAACCCCAGCAAAAACCCAUGCAUCAAGAUGUUCUUCACAGCACAUGUUCCCUUAAAGGUUUGGCUUUUAGUACACAUGGGAAUAGGAGUACAUUUUGGGAGCUCAUUUGCUUGCAUCAGUAAACAGGGAGCCAUGAAUGCUAGUGACACAGUCGUGUCAAAUGGAUCAACUGUGAUUCUGUCCUGCUGGCUAAACAACAGUGGAUCAUCUAGCAAUUUGCAGAACAAACAUACAAUAACUAUUUUACACAACCACUCAGCAGUAAGCAGUAGCUCUGGCUUUUUGGUCAGUGCUCACAUUUCACAGCACACAUUUGGGAGGCAGACGUUCAAAUGCCAACUGAGUUCUCGGCAGGAAAGGAAAGUGAUCGUAUGUGGAGUUUACGUCAAUGUUGGAAUUCCUCCAGCCCAGCCCAAAAAUAUACUCUGCAUUCAGCAUGGAAAGGAUGGAAGUACUAUUUGCACUUGGGAUAAAGGACACUAUACCUACCUUGAUACUAACUAUACAUUACAGCUAACAAAUGGAACCACCAAUGAAGCAACAGUAUGGAAAGAUGAAAGGAAUCAAAACAGCUCAUAUGGCUCAGUAGAGCUCAGAGUGAAGUUGAAUUUUCAGUCCACCUAUACAGUUGUCAUCAAUGCCACCAAUGGACUGGGAAUGGUUUCUUCCCAACCAAUUCAAUUCACAUUAACUGACAUAGUGAAGCCACACGCACCCGUGAACCUCUCAGUGGCAUUUGAUGGUUUUGAUGCAAGAAAUUGCAGCAUUUCGUGGCAAGAUCAACAAGAGGCACAACACUUUAGAUUAAGAUACCAACCAAUGAACAGCAACUCUUGGACCAUGCUUGAAAAUAUAAACAGCAGAAGAUAUUAUCUACAUGACCUGAAGCCAGAUACAGCAUAUGAAUUUCAGGUUUCCUGCAGGUUCCUGCCCAACAAAGGAUUAUGGAGUGACUGGAGUAUGUUGUUUCAAACAGAAGCAGUGCCACUUCAGCCAAUUGAUGUCUGGUAUUUAAUGGAAGAUGUGUCUUCUGAAAUGCAGAAUAUUACCCUUUUUUGGAAGAUGAGUGUAUUAGAAGUGAGAAGGAAAAGUCUUGAGUACAGAGUGACGUUUUCAGCCCUAAACCAGAUGCGUCAAAGAGACACGGGAACAAAUUCUACAGUGCAGACCACAUUCUCACAAAUCAUUCCUAAAACAGACUAUAACAUUACAAUUUGCUCUCACAACUCACGGGGAAUAUCCCAACCCAUUUAUAUCACUACUAAACUAGGAAUUACAGAUCUGCCACCCCCAAACCAUCUUUCUACUGUAUCACUGGGGAACGGAAGAAUCUCUGUUGCAUGGGAAGCCCCUAUUGCAUCUUUCCCUUUUAUCAAUGGAUAUGUUCUACAGUGGGCAGAGCUCCAUCACAGCAGUAACUUGAGAACUCCCAUAACCUGGCUCAAAAUCCCCAUCUCCAAUCUCACAGCAACAACAGAGAGCCUAAAGCCUAACACCUGUUAUCAAAUCAGUGUGUUUGCCCUCUACCAGAACAGAGCAGGAAGAGCCGUUUCCACAACAGAAGAUGUAUCAGCAAAAGUCCCAUCAACAGGACCUCAAAUUAACACAACAGUAAAAGAAAGAAGCAUUUUGGUCUCCUGGCAGGAAAUUCCGGAUGAUCGAGUGGGCUGCAUCGUUCACUUCAAGUUAUACUUGCAAAAGCAAUUUGUCAUGGUGCCCCCUAAAGUCUACGAUAUACCUAGCACAGCCCCACAGCCGUUCUCUGUAAGAAGUGUAGAGCCUGGUGCUGCAUAUGUUUUAUGGAUGACAGCUUCCACAAAAGCUGGAGAGAGCCCUGAAGGAAACAAACAAGAGGUUUACAUAAAAGAUGCACCCAGCUGGGGUUCUGCUCUAACAAUCUGCAUUAUUGUGGGUCUUUCCAUCUGUCUCUGCUUUGUGCCAUCCAUUAGGCAAAUGCUUUCCUCACUGCUUUCUGUUCUGCUUUGUGGGUGGCAAGGGAAAGCUGUUCCAGAUCCAGCCAACUCUUCAUGUACUAAAGAGUUCACAUCUGUAGAGGAUGAACACAGCUUCUAUUCUACACAGUUCCUAAAGAACCAGAACAGGGCUGAAGAGCCUGAAACUCUACAAAUAGAGGAGGUCCUCAUGAAGAGGCAACAGAUGCCAUCUGUGGAUGUGUCCCUCUUCAAACCCACAGAGGAAGGAGGAGGGAGCCACAACUGGCCAACUGCUGUCAGCUUCCAGGAAGAGGAUCCAAUUGUGAAAAACGUGGACUAUGACCCUUUGAUCACCAGCAGGACAGAUGAUGCCAGCCAGCACCAGCUGCUGCCUUUGUACAGAAAGGUUGGACCCGAAGAACCAAGUCAAGGCCAGGAAUUUUCAGUGUACCUUGCCAGUCCACAUGGCAAUGUAACAGUGGACUAUUUACCGACUAUUUCACCUGCCAUUAUGGACACUGGUGAAGACAAUGGCGAAUCUGAACUAAACUCAUUAUUUAUUUUCCAAAGAACCUCUUUUCUACCACAGACAUCCCCCUUUGGUGGAAAGCUUACUCUAGAUGCUAUACAAAUGGACUGUGAUUCUUUCACAGAGUAAGGCCGCAUUCGUGUAACAUCUUAUCCAGGAAUGCUUUAAACUUAAUGGGAGUAGACAUGAUAGGAUAUAGCGCAACAGGCCUUCCUUAAUCCCCUCACCACCUUCAUGUGAAACCUAGCAUGAGGAAGUUCAUGAGGACAAAGUCCCUUAUUUAGGUUCCAGCAUAAAUAUGAGGUAGUAAUUGCUGCAUUAGCUCAGUCACACAAGAAAUGAAAGUUAAAAAGUUGCCACAUCUAGAAUACAGUGAGAAUGUAUAUCAAAAGUGGUUUAAGAGAACUGUGGGUUGUAGCCAAGUUAGCCAAUUUAGGCAAGGAAUUCUGCCUAUGCAGCCAGACUUCUCCCCGUGUGCCCGCAUCUGCUCCCAAGGGUUGAGGGAACCCCUAGAACAGAUGUGGGGACAUGUGGAGAGGAAAUCCAGUUGUGCACGUCAAAGUCCUUAUUCUAACAGGAUGUCUUCAUUGGAUACAAUCCUGAAUGUGUAUGAAGCUCCCAAUUAAAAAACCAAACAGGUUGCAAUGCAGAGGAGUGUGAGGGAGAUGUUUGAUCCCAGUAGGACUUUCUGGCUGUUGGCUCUUCUCAAGUAGAAGCCCCCUUCUCUUCUCUUCUACUCCACUGCAUAGCAAGCAUCCAUUGUCCACAGUCCAUGAACAAUGUGGAUGUGAGGCAUUGCCCUUGCCUGUCAAGCCUAAAGAGGUAAUAUUUUGAGACUGGAAAACCUAAAGUCCAGCACAGGCAUUCAGGUCCACCAUCUUACAGACACCGUUCAUUGUCUGAGGAUGUAUCUAAAACAACAUCAUGAUAUUGUGUAAUGAUUUCCCUACACAGUCUAGAUUAUUGGGUUUAGAUGCAGGAAAAAUAAGGCCCCAAAUUCCUUAAAGGGUUGUGGUAAGAAUAACACACUACCAGGAUAGGAUACUAAAGUGACAAAAGAUACAAAUAUUAACAGAUAUCCACUGAAUAUCCUCAGAAAAGCAUCACUUUAUAGCCAGCUAUUAUGGUAGUAGCAUACCACCAUAAUACUUGCCUCUCAUCUUCUACAGGCUAUUAGGACUGCCAUCAUCUCUUCCUCAUCUCACACAUGGCAAAGUAGCUCUAAACACUAAAGUGUAGUGGUUAUUUGCAGUUUCCAUUGUAGCAAUAAUAAAAAUCUACCCAAAACAAUUUCUGUGUAAUAAACCCUUCCCCCCCCCAACUAUAGCAGCACUAACAAAGAAACAGGGAGAAUGAAUCAGUACUGCCAGAAAUAAAUGAAUGAACCAAUGCAGAUUCAGAGUUCAUUGUGUUAAUUAAAAAGUAGAGAAGAGCUAAAAACAUGGUUUAAUUUUCAAAUCCUAUGCAUGCAUUUUCAAGUGAUUCUCCAUACAUUUUCAAUGUAGGAAACCUGAAACAGAACCCCAUACUUUCCAAUAGACACCAGCAUUGCCUAGCUUAGAUCUUCCACAGUAAAAUGUGUUUACUAAAACAAUCUUACCUUUACAGCAUGCUCUCUCAAUUUUCCGCCUUCUUUAAAAUUUGCUAUUCCUAAUUUGCAGUUUCUAAAUGCUUGUAUGAAAUGCCAUAUGGCUAAGAUCUCAAUGGAACAACUCAGUCUCUGUGAUAGUGGAGCAGAAACCUUCAUUUUUCUUGCAGACAUGAAAUGAGUUCUGCAGCUAUUUAAUCAUAGGCACCUGGCAACUUUUGCACAACUUCAGCUGGCUCUUGUUGACAAGAGUAUCACUGCUACUAAUUGCUUGAAAGAAAAUUCCAAUUGUUGGGUGUCAGCCUCAGGUAAGGCAUGUGAGGCUCUUAUAGUAGUAAUGAAUAGUAACUUAAGGCAGGUUUGACUUGUUAUGGCUGCAAAAUUCUGAGAUUUCUACUUUGCCUUUUUAUAAAAAUUGUCAUUUUGACAAAGCAGCCAUUCCAGGUUGCCUGCAAUGCCUAAACAAUACAUUUUAUUAAAAGAACAAGAACAAGGUUUGGCUUGAAGCUCCAAACCUGAAAACUUGUUCCACCAGAGGUCAGUUUAUUGGGAUAUUGAUGCCUACUCCCAAGAUAUACCUUGGUCACUGUGUUUCUCUAGAGCAAGGCUAGCCAACCUCUCCAGAGGUUUCAGAUGAAAACUCACCAUCCCUGACCCAUUGGCCACACUGCUUUGGGCUGAUGGGAGUUUUAAACCACAUUACUUAAGGAUAACAAUAGUUUCAUCACCACUUAGCUUGCCUCUUGUUCUUUCUAGGGUAGGAGAUUAAAGCCAAACUGUGGUUUUCUUUGAGCCUUUAAAUCCCUUGAAGUGAGCUCAUGGGUUGCUCUCCAGGAAUAACUGAUCGUAAGAGCAGGUCCUUAAAACAGAACUUACCAAGUUGAAGGAUUUACUUUUUGUUUCACUUUGUUCCAUUAUCACUCCCUCUAUUUCCAAUUCACAUCUUUCCCAGUUGUCCUGAUGUAUCAAAAACUGCAUGAACACACACAUGCACAGAGAGAGAGAGAGACCCAGAGGUUUGCAGGAAUAGGGGGGAAAUAACUAGAAAAAUCCUAAGAGGGGGAACCCCAGAAGCAGCCCAAUGAGGACUUAAGAGGGCAUGGAGUCAUGUGUGUUUGAAAACAGGUUGGAGGGGGAAAGGCAUGGAGUGACUGGAAAAUGAAAGCUGAGGAAGAGACUUAUCACAAUGUAGACAGAAUCAUCUCAUUGUCUGCAUAGUCCUGCUUAACAAUGAGAAGCUAUUUUUAAAUGUUCGCAAGGACAAAGUGAGAGCUAUUCACAUAAAUCGGUGGAGAAAUAGAACAUUUUAAGGUAGCUGGGAUUGGAUGUGUGCUAACCUCACCCAAAAG